UUUGUGUGUCUUGAUGUCUAAAGGCAUUUAGAAAUUUGAAUUUGGUAUUGCUCGGAUUAAAUCAAGCAUCCACAUAGGAUAGUUGAGUUCCUCAGCGUUAUUGUUCCAAGGACACCCUCCAGUUUCCUCUAUCCCCAAAUAUAGUGAGUGAUUUUGACAGCGGUGAAGUGGGAUGGGGCGGGGAUAUUAUCGAGGGGCGAGGUUGUCAGUUGAGACAAAGGAAAGCGUUUUGGAGAAGAAGGAAAAAAAAACAAGGAAACGAGGAAUAAAUUAAUCUUGCUAACAGCUUCUUUUUUUUUUUUUAAACAUACGAUAAUGUUUUCAUGGUCAAAGUACAUUUUCAUCCACAUAACGAUGGACGCUGUGUGCACGGCGCAUCUAUUGUACUAUUGAGGACUCGUUGGAAUUACAAUAAUAGGCGAGAAGGUGAACCGAUUUUUUUUUAUUGAAACAAUGUUGCGGAAGACCUAUUCCCUCUUUACAUUUGCAAAAUAUUCUGUUGUAACUAAACGCUCAUUGUCGGUAGAAGUAAAACGCUGAUCUGAGGCAAUCAACGAAGACAACUAUUUUGAAAUCACAUACGUGAUAGUGUUCUUCCAUUAUUGAAUUCAGAAUUUUCUAUAGGAUGGAAUAUUUCUGGCAGUUAUAUUAGGCUAUAUAAUUAAACGCGCGGCAAGGUUUUCUUUUUCAGAAAGACAUUGAUGUAGAGGUAGAAAAAAAUGAAUGGGUUCCAGUCCAGUCCUCCUGAAUGUCCAGGGAGCGUCUCUUCAAUCGAAGGACUACCCCCUUUGCCAAAAGGCCUCAGCGGCAUCCUCAACUCCAGUGGUGGCUCAUGGAGAGACAUUGAAAAAGUAUACAGUAAACGGACACGCAUUCAGGCCGACAUCAGCAAGUCUAGAGUGAGCAACUCUCUUGGCCUCAGCAAGCCUCCAAGUCUGGAUGCAGCGCUCGCUGUCCUGCGCAAAGAAAUGGUGGGCCUGAGGCAGUUGGACAUGUCUCUGCUCUGUCAGCUGUGGUCUCUCUAUGAGUCUAUCCAGGAGUAUAAAGGAGCCUUCCAGGAUAUCUCAUCCUCUCUGCUUUCAGAGAGCACCUUCACUACAGAAAAUGGUUACUCUGAGGGAGAGGAGGAUGAUGAAGAGGAGGACAACAAUGUUGACAAUGUACCUAGGGAUCCACCUGGCACUUCACUGACUCUCCAGCCAACUCAAAACUCUCGUGACCAAUGGAUCAAAGAGUCUUUCCACAUCCCCUUAUAAACUUACACAUAUUCUUCUCAAUAUUUACAUAAUAUUAACUGUUCCCUGUUCUGUAUAGCCUUUAUAUGAUGUAUUAUACUGGUACCCACCUAGGCUAUUGGCAGCAGGGCAUAUUCAAACGGGCACCAUUCUGAUCUGAACUGUCUUCAUCACACAAGGAGCUGACAUUUUCUACAACAACCUUGUAAUUAUACAAUUUAUAUUCAAAAGACCUUGCUAAUAUAUUUGGACUGAUUGUGCCCAUCUUGAAAAGAAAAGCCAUACAGUAUUUCAGAUACCUGAUGAAUUGGAGGCAUUUGAAUUUGGUGUCAUUUGUUACCUACGAUUGGAUGUAAGUACACAAUGCCUACAAUUAAUUGAACAUAUUUUAUUGGUAACCAAUCACACUUAUUGAUACAUUUGAAGACUGGUUCAGUGGCAGUGUCUGAUGUCAAUGGCUUAGGAUUGUUAAUGCCUUGUAAUUUUCUCCUACAAUUUUAAGAUUGAAUGUGGUCUUAGACACGUAGCCACAUACACACAAGCCUGUAUUAUUCGUUUUUGUUUGUUGUGUAUGUGCAGUUUAUAUAUUUAACUUUUUCUUUUUUAUAUUCGCCCCAAAAUAAAAAUGCAAUGGUAACAAA